CGAAAGACUCGUACAAUUCGUAAAAAUAAUAAAGAAAAGUUAGUAAUUAGUGAAAAAAGAAGUUGUUUCUUAUUAUUUUUUUUGAUACAAGAUAAUUCUUUAAUAUAGAGGUAACUCGUUCAGCGACAGCUAAAAUGCCUAUAAAUACAGAACGUCAAGCUUUAAAAGCGAUACAAUUGGGUGAUAAAUUGCCGGAUAUUGUAUUGAAGAAUGAAUUGGGAGAAGAUGUUUAUAUUCAAAAAAUUGCGGAAGAACAUCCUAUUAUUAUUUUUGCAUACCCAAAAGCAUCUACACCUGGAUGUACAGUUCAAGGUUGUGGAUUUCGUGAUAAUUAUGAAACGAUACUGUCCAAAAAUUAUCAUAUUUAUGGAUUAAGCAUGGAUACUCCAAAGGCUCAAUUAAAUUUUAAAACCAAUCAAAAUUUCCCUUAUCAUCUUUUAUCAGAUCCUAAAGCAGAAUUAAUCAGUGCAUUAGGUGCAUCUAAAUCUGGCCUUAAAAUUGCAAGAAGUCAUUGGAUAUUCGAAAAAGGUGGAACAUUAUUAGAUAUGAAAAUUGGAGUAUCCCCUAAAGAUAGUGUGGAAAAAGUAAUGGCUAAGAUUUUGGAACAAAAUUAA